GCGGCACUGAUGCGCACUGACUGGAACUGAUAGGUGGCACUGAUUGGCAGCACUGAUAGGUGGCACUGACUGGCACUGAUGGGUGACACUGAAAGGCAGCUCAGAUGGGCACUGAUAUGUGGCAUUGAUGUGCACUGGUAGGCACUGAUAUGUGGCAUUGAUGUGGCACUGAUGGGCACUGGCAUGUGGCACUAAUGAGCACUGGCAGCUGGCACUGAUGGACACUGACUGGUGGCACUGCUGGGGCUACACUGAUCAUCAGGGCACACUGAUCAUCAGUGCUCUGAUGAUCACUCGAGAGGACAGAAAUACUGAUAACUGGCAUUUCCCGGUUUACAUGCGAUCAGCUGUGAUUGGACACAGCUGAUCA